CGUCAGGAAUCUGCUUUACCUUUAUCUCAUUUGUCGCUGCUGAAACUGAGAAUUUUUGGAAAUUGGGAAGGGGAAAGAUGGCGUGUUUACAUGAUCAUAGCUGUGAAGAUCACGAUUGCUCCUCUAAUUGGUCUCUCUACAAGCACAUAGACCUUUCCAAAGUAUCGGCUCUGAAUGAAGCUGUUCCUGGAAGUGUUAAGUCAGUUUUUAAAGCUUGGGAGCAGCGCCUAGACUCUUCUGGGGAACACUUGGAAAGCAAUGAGGGUGAUCCUGAAUUGCUUGUUUAUGUCCCAUUUACCUCAGAUGUUAAGAUCAAGAGUAUUUCAAUUAUUGGGGGUGCUGAUGGUACAAGUCCUUCAAAGAUGAGAGUGUUCACCAAUCGAGAUGGCAUUGACUUCUCAGAUGCUCAAAGUAUGCAAGCUGUUCAGGAGUGGGAUCUGGUUGAAAAUUUGCAAGGUGUACUAGAGUACCAGACAAGAUAUGCCAAAUUUCAAAAUGUGGCAAGCAUCACAUUGCAUUUCCCUGAUAAUUUUGGUGGUGAUACAAGUCAAAUACACUAUAUUGGAUUUAAAGGUGAAGCCACCCAGUUGAAAAGGGAUGUUGUUGCAACAAUUGUUUAUGAACUUAGGCCAAAUCCAUCGGACCACAAGACUGAGGCAGAACGUAAUACACCUUUUCACAUGUGGAAUGGAGAAUGAGUGCUUGUGAUGUUUCUCAACAAAAAGGAAAUAAAUCAAAGUUCAUGUACAUUUUAUAACGAUCCAAACUCUUUCUCCCAUCUCUCCUUUUCCCCUCUUAUUGUAAUUGCUUGCAAUGUGCUGGAAGGAAAAGAUAGUGAUCUAGUGUGGCUCGGAUCUUUCACUUUGCUUUAGUUAUUGACUAUGAAUGGUCGGGUUUCUGACUGAAGUGUUUGUUGGAUUAGAACCCUUCAUUUUGAUUUAUGAAAACGGUUCUUGUUCAA